AAAGUUAAUUCGUGAACAUGAUAUUUCUAUUCGUACUUUUGCAUUUAAAUAAUGUUUAUUGUACGUUUAAUAUUUUUACACCGAUCGUGAGUGUGGAACAGGGACAGCUGCGAGGAUUGAGAAGUCUUUCAGGGCAGAAUCGGUACUACGGGAUACCGUAUGCGACCAGCCGGAGGUUUGAACUACCAAAGAAACCCCCCAAGUGGCGAGGAGUGUUCGACGCGGUACACCGUUUUGGAUCAUGUUCGCAAGCCGUUUCAUUGCUGAGAUUUGGAACAGAAGACUGCUUAGAACUCGACGUGUACUCUCCUCAAGGAGCUAAGCCCGGUCACAAGCUACCAGUCAUGAUGUUCAUACACGGGGGGGCAUAUUAUUACGGAAGCAAAUGGCAUUAUGACGCUGAAUUUCUAGUCGAGAAGAAUGUUGUAGUUGUUGUUAUAAAUUACAGAGUCGGAGUGCUAGGAUUUCUAUGUUUAAAUAAUACUGCUAACUUGGGCUUAAAAGACCAAGUGGCGGCUUUGAAGUGGAUAAAGAAUAACAUAGCAGCUUUCGGUGGAGAUCCGGACAACGUGACAAUAUCUGGUCAGAGUGCCGGAGCCAGCGCCGCAGGAAUGCACAUGCUAUCGAAAUCCAGUGAAGGACUGUUUCAUAAAGCUAUUUUAAUAAGUGGAACGCCUUUAGCACCUUGGGCUUUUAAUCAUGAAUCCAAGAAACCAGCUUUUGAAGACGCUGAGAAAUUCAGAAAAGUUACUAAUGAACAGGAAGUUUAUGAGGUGUUUAAAACUGCGAAUAUUGUAGAUCUUUUGAAUAACUGCGGAGAUACAUCGAUAAAUCCCCGAUAUUUUAAGUACUCUCCUUGUAUUGACAGCAACUUCUCUAAUCCAUUCUUCCAUGAUACUCCACGCGACACAAUUGUGUCGGGUAAUUUCAAUAAAGUACCAAUUAUAUCAGGCUUUAUGGAUGUUGAAGGAAUGCUAUUUUAUGGACUUAACAAUGACAGGACUUUUGCAGAUUUUGAAGAAAAUUUUAAUCAGAAAUUACCUUCGAUUUUUUCGCAAUCUUCUCCGGAAGUUAAGAAGGUUAUAGAAGGCAAACUUCGAUCUUAUUAUUUUAUGAAUAAAACGAUUACCAAAGAUGCUGUUCAAGGCGUUGUAAACUUUUAUUCUGAUUGGAUGGCGUAUUCAACAGCGGAUGCUUUUUCGAAGCUGAUGGUCAAAUAUUCUGAUCAGCCCGUGUAUUCGUAUAUAUUUUCUUAUUUGGGCAACAGGAAUUUUGCUAAAGCCCUUUUUGGGUACAAAAGCCGACUAAAAGGAGCGUCACAUUCGGAUGACAUUUUUUACAUCUUCAAACCUGGAGGAGUUCCGAUGGUUCUAUCGAAGCCGGAUCGAAUGUUCAUCGAUCGGAUAACAACUUUGUUAACAAAUUUUAUGAAGUACGGAAAUCCAACACCAACACCAACAAAGCUGGUACCAGUCAGAUGGCCUCCUGUAACUAGUAACUCCUCGUCUACGAUGAGUCUAGACCGCGAGUUGAGAGUCACCGACCUUACUUCACAUUACAAAGGAGAGUUCUUCCUAGAUCUCCUCUGUCGAUAUGGUUUGGAUGGAUACGUGCCCUGCGACUAAGAGAUAGUGUUAUAUUUAGUAUUAAUAAAUUGGUGCUUGUUCACUUUA